GGAGCACAAGAUAGUGCCUGAAACAUUCGCAGGAAGAGGCCCCGUUCCCUCCCCAUUUCCGCCGCAAUGAAAGUCUCCAGUUUAGGUAAAUAAAAGGAUUGUGUGGGGGAAAAACUACGAUUUCCAGCAUGCAUUGCGGAUCGAAAGGCCUUCGACACAGUGUUCCUUGGAAACUGUAGUCUUAUGGAGAGGGGCUUCCGACACCGGAAGCGGGCAAGAGUCUCACGGCAAUCCAGUUGACAGAUUGAAGAGCUCUGUGAGCUUACGCACGUCAACAGAUAUGGAUUGGAGUGUUAGGUUUUCACAUCUUGAGAGCGGAGAAUAGGCUAAAGAACCUACAAGUCCCAGGAAGACUACAAUUCCCAUCCAGCCCCGCAAGUCUCGGGCAAGGAGUCCACUAAGGUCAGUGACCUAAGCCCCACAGCAUGGAACCACAGGUUACUCUAAAUGUGACUUUCAAAAAUGAAACUCAAAGCUUUCUGGUUUCUGAUCCAGAAAAUACAACUUGGGCUGAUGUUGAAGCUAUGGUAAAAGUUUCAUUUGAUCUGAACACUAUUCAGAUAAAAUACCUGGAUGAGGAAAAUGAGGAGGUAUCCAUCAAUAGUCAAGGAGAAUAUGAAGAAGCACUUAAGAUGGCGGUUAAGCAGGGAAACCUACUGCAGAUGCAAGUCCAUGAAAGCUCCCGGCUUGUCGAGGAAGCCCCACUCCCAGCCGUAGCAGAAAAACGACCAGUUGUGAGGGCAGGGAAGAAGCCACUGGCCCAUUAUUCUUCACUGGUGAGAGUCUUAGGAUCAGACAUGAAGACCCCAGAGGAGCCUACAGCCCAGCGGCUCCCACUUGCUCCCCAUAACACAGACCAGCCUCAAGACAAGCCCCCAGACUGGUUCACGAGCUACCUGGAGACAUUCAGAGAACAGGUGGUCAAAGAAACAGUUGAGAAACUGGAACAGAAAUUACAUGAGAAGCUUGUCCUCCAGAACCCAUUGUUGGGUUCCUGUCCCUCAGAGGUCUCCAUGCCUAUUUCAGAGGAAACACUGUUUCUGCCGGAAAACCAGUUCAACUGGCAUAUUGCUUGCAGCAGCUGCCAAAGGAGGAUCUUUGGUGUGCGCUACCAGUGCAGCCUAUGCCCGUCCUACAAUAUCUGUGAAGAUUGUGAAUCAGGGCCAUAUGCCCAUGACUCCAACCACAUCCUGCUGAAGCUACGGAGACCUGUUGUGGGUUCUUCUGAAGCAUUCUCUCACCCAAGGUUCUCUGCCCCUCGUCUUCCUGCUGCUCUGGAACAAGCCAGGCUCCAGAAACAGGUUGACAAGAACUUUCUUAAAGCAGAAAAGCAAAGGUUGCGAGCCGAGAAGAAACAGCGAAAGGCAGAGGUCAAGGAACUCAAAAAGCAGCUUAAGCUCCACAGGAAGAUUCACCUGUGGAGUUCCAUCCACGGACUCCAGAGCCCCAGGUCCCCUUUGGGCCGACCCGAGAGCCUGCUGCAGUCAAACACCCUGAUGCUCCCUUUGCAGCCCUGUGCCCCAGUUAUGCCAACCCUCAGUGCAGCGUUUGUGGAUGAGAAUUUGCCUGAUGGGACUCACCUUCAGCCAGGAACCAAGUUUAUCAAACACUGGAGGAUGAAAAAUACAGGAAACGUCAAGUGGAAUGGAGACACAAAGCUCAAGUUCAUGUGGGGAAACCUAACUUUGGCUUCUACAGAAAAGAAAGAUGUUCUGGUUCCCUGCCUAAAGGCCGGCCAUGUGGGUGUUGUGUCCGUGGAGUUCAUCGCCCCAGCCUUGGAGGGAACGUACACUUCCCAUUGGCGUCUUUCUCACAAAGGCCAGCAGUUUGGGCCUCGGGUCUGGUGCAGUAUCAUAGUGGAUCCUUUCCCCUCCACAGAGAGCCCUGAGAACAUUGAAAAGGGCAUGAUUAACUCAAGCAAAGCUGAUGAGCUCACUUGCCAGCAAGAGGAAGCUUUUCUUCUGGCUAAAGAAGACAUUCAGCUUGAUGAAGUAACUGAGCAGUCACAAGGGACAGGAACCUGCAUCCCACAGAAGACAAAAAAUGUUGCCAGUGAGAGGGAGCUUUACAUCCCCUCCGUGGAUCUAUUGACUGCCCAGGACCUGCUGUCCUUUGAACUGUUGGAUAUAAACAUUGUCCAAGAGUUGGAAAGAGUGCCCCACAAUACUCCUGUGGAUAUGACUCCCUGCAUGUCUCCUCUGCCGCAUGACAAUCCUUUAAUAGAGAAGCCAGGCUUGGGGCAGAUACAAGAAGAGAGCGAAGGGGCAGGAUUUAAAGCACUUCCUGAUCCCACAGCAUCAGUUAGGAGGAAGGCUGAGAACAUUUCCUCAGUGGAGGAAGCAGAAGAUGACCUGAGUGGGACCCAGUUCGUGUGUGAGACUGUAAUCCGAUCCCUUACCUUGGAUGCUGCCCCGGAUCACAAACCACCUUGCAGACAGAAAUCCCCACACAUGAAAUUUCCCUCCCCUGAAGAGGGACCACUUGGAGUUGAGCAGGAGGAGGUUGUCCAUAUUGCUGAAGAAGCUGUUGUGGAGGAGGAAGCUAUUGUGGAGGAGGAAGUGGAAGAGGAGGAGGAGGAAGAGGAUGAUGAGCUCAAAGAUGAAGUUCAGAGUCAGUCCUCUACUUCUUCAGAGGAUUACAUCAUCAUCCUGCCUGAGUGCUUUGACACCAGCCGCCCCCUGGGGGACUCCAUGUACAGCUCUGCACUCUCACAGCCAGGCCUAGAGCGCGGGGCUGAAGGUGAACAUGGGGUUGAGGCUGGGGAGAGAGUCGCUGGAGGGGAGAACCAGCCGCAGGGACAGAGCAUCAACGACAUCCUCAUGACCUCACAGACUCUGGACACCGUGCCCCUAACCCCAGAGGUGGUGGGGCCUCCUCCACAGCUGCCCAGGAGCCCUUCUUGUGCACAGCAUGAUGGUUCCCCAGGAGUGGAUUUACCAGUCACCAUACCAGAAGCUUGUUCAGUCCCUGAUCAGAUCAGAGGAGCUCUUUUGCUUUUAGAGCCCAGAGGCUCAUCAGGAAUUGUAAACAGCAGACAGAAGAGCUAUGACCACUCAAGACACCACCACCAUGGGAGCAGCAUUGCUGGAGGAUUGGUGAAGGGGGCUUUGUCUGUUGCUGCUUCUGCAUACAAGGCCUUGUUUGCUGGGCCACCAGUCACUGCCCAGCCAAUAGUUUCUGAAGAUCAGACAGCAGCCCUGAUGGCCCAUCUCUUUGAAAUGGGAUUCUGUGACAGGCAGCUGAACCUAAGGCUGCUGAAGAAACACAAUUACAACAUCCUGCAGGUUGUGACAGAACUGCUUCAGGUCAACAACAAUGACUGGUACAGCCACCGCUACUGAGGAGUGACCCUGUAUUAAAUAACUGCCUGCUGCUCAGAGAUAA